AUGACCAUCAAAAUCCGCCAUGCCACAGAAGACGACAUCCCCCAAGUCCACGCCAUCUUCAGCCACUACGUGCGCGAAACCAUCUUGACGUUCAUACAGAACCCGCCUCCGCUGGAAGCGAUGGUUGCCAAGUUCCGGGGAAACACCAUCGGCCGCGGCCUGCCGUACCUGGUCGCUGUUGAAGAGGGCGAAGACGAAGACGAUGAGAGCCACAAGACAGGUACUGUUCUCGGAUACGCCUACUUCUCGCCCUUUCGAGGGACGAUGAUCUCGUACGGAGGCACGGUCGAGCUGUCGCUCUUCUUGCAUCCUGAGCACAGGGGCCGCGGUCUGGGGACGAGGCUGUUGACUACGUUGCUCUCGAUGCUGGGGCCUUAUCCUCAUAACACUCCUACUGCUAGUAGUGGUAGUGAUGAUGAGGACGGAAUUACCUCGACAGAAAUAUCCACCGACGGCGUAAGCCACCUGGCGCGCGAACACGAGGGGUAUCCGGACUCCGAGGUCACAGUAUCUGUUCCCGUUCGUAAUGUCAUCGCUUGCAUGGCGUUGGAUACGAAAGAGGGCAAGGAUGGAGGUGAAGGCUUGCGGAAGUGGUACGAGAAUAGGGGCUUUGUGGAGAGGGGGAGGUUGAAAGGGGUGGGGUUUAAGAAAGGACGAUGGAUUGAUACUAUCUACCUUCAAUAUACUGUUCCUCAGAAUGGGGACUCGACAGCUUGA